AUGGCAUUCACAGCUAGCGACAUCUGCAAGAUCAUUCUUGCUGUCAUCCUCCCACCUCUUGGUGUUUUCCUUGAGCGAGGCUGCGGUGCUGAUCUCCUCAUCAACAUCCUGUUGACAAUUCUUGGUUAUAUCCCCGGUAUCAUUCACGCUCUGUACGUACAUUCCACCUGCUGCUGCACCUUCAGAACUGGAGUUCCAUUCCCCUUCCACAAAAGUUUCCAUACUUCGGAAGCAAAUGCGGGUGUCGCAUUCUCGCAGUCCUCUGCUAACGUUCCUUACAGUUACAUCAUCCUCAAGUACUAG